AACCAUUACCGGAAAUGUGAACCCCAUGUGCUUUCUUUUGACUUCCGGCACCUUCACGGUAUAAUGGCUGAGAACUGGGAUGAAGCUGCCCCGGCAGUAGAACUGCCAGAAAUCAAACUCUUCGGCAAAUGGUCUUCAGACGAUGUUCAAGUGAACGACAUCAGUUUAACUGAUUACAUAGCUGUCAAAGAGAAGUAUGCAAAGUAUUUGCCUCACUCUGCGGGAAGAUACCAAGUAAAAAGAUUCCGAAAAUCUCAGUGUCCAAUUGUUGAACGUCUGACCUGUUCACUCAUGAUGCGCGGAAGGAACAAUGGAAAGAAACUAUUGACAACUCGCAUCGUCAAGCACGCCUUCGAAAUUAUUCACCUGCUAACAGGAGAGAACCCUCUCCAAGUGCUGGUGAAUGCGAUCAUCAACAGUGGUCCUCGUGAAGACUCCACCCGUAUCGGUCGUGCUGGUACAGUACGUCGUCAGGCGGUCGACGUCUCACCCCUCCGUCGUGUUAACCAGGCCAUCUGGCUGCUGUGUAACGGAGCUCGUGAGGCUUCCUUCAGGAACAUCAAGACCAUUGCUGAGUGCUUGGCUGAUGAGCUAAUCAAUGCUGCAAAGGGUUCCUCCAAUUCCCAUGCCAUCAAGAAGAAGGAUGAACUUGAACGUGUUGCUAAGUCCAACCGAUAAAUGACAUUUUGUGCUAUCAGUGAACUGGAAAUAAACUGUCAGGCAAAA